CGCUCCCUCCUUGCCCAGCCCGGCCCGACAGAGGCGGCGGGAGGAGGAGGAGGGCGCAGAGCGCAGACAUGGCGGCCAACAUGUACCGAGUGGGAGAUUAUGUUUAUUUUGAAAAUUCUUCCAGCAAUCCAUAUCUCAUUAGGAGAAUUGAAGAACUUAACAAGACUGCCAAUGGAAAUGUGGAGGCAAAAGUGGUGUGUUUUUACAGGCGAAGAGAUAUUUCCAACAGCCUGAUAAUGCUUGCAGAUAAGCAUGCUAAAGAAGUUGAAGAAGAAUCUGAAACUACUGUUGAGGUUGACUUGACUGAUAAACAGAAACAUCAGUUGAAGCACAGAGAGCUCUUCCUUUCUCGCCAGUAUGAGUCCCUUCCAGCAACACACAUCAGGGGAAAAUGCAGCGUUGCACUUCUGAACGAGACCGAGUCAGUGCUGUCCUAUCUGGAGAAAGAGGAUACUUUUUUUUAUUCAUUGGUAUAUGAUCCAUCAUUGAAAACGCUUUUAGCAGACAAGGGAGAAAUCAGAGUGGGGCCUAGAUACCAAGCAGAUGUGCCAGACAUGCUUGCAGAAGGAGAAUUAGAUGACAGAGAACAGGCAAAGCUGGAAGUAAAAGUAUGGGAUCCAGAUAGCCCCCUUACUGACCGUCAGAUUGACCAGUUUUUAGUUGUAGCACGUGCGGUUGGCACGUUUGCUCGAGCAUUGGACUGCAGUAGUUCUGUCAGGCAACCCAGUUUACACAUGAGUGCAGCUGCUGCUUCCCGAGACAUCACACUGUUUCAUGCAAUGGAUACACUGCAUAAACACAACUAUGAUUUGAGCAGUGCCAUCAGUGUUCUUGUGCCACUUGGUGGGCCUGUCUUGUGUAGAGAUGAAAUGGAGGAGUGGUCUGCAUCAGAAGCUAGUUUAUUUGAAGAGGCACUGGAAAAGUAUGGCAAGGACUUCAAUGACAUUCGACAAGACUUUCUCCCUUGGAAGUCACUGACUAGCAUCAUUGAGUAUUAUUACAUGUGGAAAACCACUGACAGAUAUGUUCAGCAGAAACGUCUGAAAGCAGCUGAAGCAGAAAGUAAAUUGAAGCAAGUAUACAUCCCCACCUACAAUAAACCAAAUCCCAAUCAGAUAUCCAGCAACAAUGGGAAACCUGCUGCAGUCAAUGGAGCAAUGGGAGCCUCGUAUCAGGCACAGGCUGCACUAAUAGGGCGGGCUUGUGAAAGCUGCUAUACUCCCCAGUCACACCAGUGGUAUUCCUGGGGUCCUCCCAACAUGCAGUGUAGAUUGUGUGCUUCUUGCUGGAUUUAUUGGAAGAAAUAUGGUGGCCUCAAAAUGCCCACACAUACAGAUGAAGAUAAACUGUCUUCCAGUCAACCUACAGAGGAGCCCCACGUUAGAACUCACUUGUCCCGGCAGGCCACGCAGGGGACUCCGGUCCGUAACACCGGGAGCCCGAAGUCGGCAGUGAAAACCCGUCAGGCUUUCUUCCUGCACACAACGUGUUGGACAAAACUGGCUCGGCAGGUCUGCAAAAACACCCUGAGGCUGCGGCAGGCAGCGAGGCGUCCCUUUGUCCCUAUUAACUGUGCUGCCAUUAAGGCAGAAUAUGCAGAUCGACAUUGUGAAGUUGCUGGAAAUCCUCUGAAGAUCAAAAGUACCAGAAAACCACUGUCAUGUAUCAUUGGGUAUUUAGAGAUUCAUCCUGCAGUGAAACCCAAUGUAAUCAGGUCAGCACCAAGCCUUCAAAGUCCAAGUGCAAAACGACUGCUUGCACCUUCUAAUCACUCUUCACUAAGUAUUUUGGGAAAAAGAAACUACAGUCAUCAUAAUGGUCUUGAUGAAUCAUCCAGCCAUCCAACAAGAACAAUAAUGCAUGCUUCUCCCUAUGUUCAUACGACUAAUGGUAGGGCCUUGCAGGCCAAUGCAAGUGCCAUUAAGACAAGCGCCAUUCCAGUCAUUAAAAGACAGAGGCAAAACUGGCUUGAUGCUUCAGAUGAUGGUUUCUUUAUGGCUACAGAAGAAACCAGGUAAGAGAAACAAAAUUCAUAAAAAAUCCGUAAGAAGUUCACCAGAUCCCAGCUGAAAAGAGCCUCCAGAACACCUUGUUCUCCAAUCAUCGCCAAGACAAAGGCUUUCAUGAACAAUAGGCAGGCACGAACAGAGCCAGGAACCAUCAUGCACUGA